GAAGGUCAAAUAAUCGAUUCUCUUUUAUUAUCUGUCCAGUUUUGUUGUCCUGCCCAGCUGAGUGUGUUGGGAUUUUGCGCCUAGUAUGGGACACAUGUUAUCACAGGGCGAGAUGUGCCCAGCAGGGCCGCCAGGCAGGACAGUGAUGCCUCGACCAACAAAAAUGGCGGAGAAAUAUGGAAAGUGUUGUGGAAAGCUUCUCUGUGGUGGGCAGCAUGCCAAUAAUCACAGAAGAACCAGAGGAUGAAGGCCAUUUGAUAAAUGCUACGACAAGUCAUGUGACAGACACAGAAGACCACAUCAUAGCAUCCUCAGACCAUGUCUCGAUAAUUACUGCUGUAGACAGUGAAAUCAGAAAUGAUGAAUCAAGUCAGGGUACAGAUUCGUCCACGCAGAUGCUUACAUCUGAUAAAAAUAACGGGUCUUCAGAUCACAUAGUCGCUGAUAGCAUGGCACAGAUCAUUGCCACCUCUGAAGGGACUAGCCUAAUUACUGACAGUGGUAGCAAUGGUGCACAGAUCUUCCCUAGAGAACCUGGCCAAAUUAUAAAUUCAGAUACUGGGCAGUUGAUGGACCAUGAACAUCAUAGUAUAUUUGGUGAUACUGAUGGGGAAAUUAUAACCGAGCCAAGUCAUAUAAUUAUGAAUCACGAUGGAAGUAUAGCGACAGACAGCAGCGGAAAUAUUUUACAUGCAGGAGGCCAAAUGAUUACUGAAAAUGGUAAGGCACAUAUUUUGUCUGCUGAUGGAGAGAUGAUAGCUUUGGACAGCAGUCUACUUGAGGGCACCCACAGACUUCAGGAACAUGUUGAGGUAAGUGAAGAUGCUCCAGUGGUUGUGGAAUCUGAAACCCGUGAUCACCUGCUUCGGCAAAUCAAAAAGGAGCCCAGGGAUGAUGGGGAAUCUACAACCAUCCAGAUUCGUGUUAAUGCCACCUCACCACGAAAAAAAGAAACUGUACCAUUGCCAGAUGAGGGAGAUGAUUCUGCUAAAGUGAUGCCAGAGCUGAUGAUUGACCGCACGACUAAGUACACCAGAGUGGACAGAGAUGACCCAAGAAGUAGACUGCAUUUUGUCAAGUACAUGAAGCGGGAGGGAAAAACUAUAAAAAUUUGGGAAUGUGGAAUAUGUGGAAAAGAGUUCAUGCACCAGUAUACCUUAAUGCGACAUUUACCCACACACACGGAUGAGCGUAAUUUCCGAUGCAACCAGUGUGGGAAAGCUUUCAGGCAAAUGUCCACACUUUCACAACAUAAAGCCACUCACUCUGAGUCAAGACCAUAUGUGUGUGAUAUCUGCCAAAAAACCUUCAGUCGUGUCUCUACUUUAAUUUCCCACAAGAAGACCCACACUGAAGAGAAACAGCAUAGGUGCUAUGUUUGCGGUAAAGCUUUUCACCAAAAGGGAAAUUUAAAGAAUCACCUAUUUACUCAUACAAACGAACGGCCGUAUAAAUGUGACAUUUGUGGAAGAGGCUUCAAUCAAUCUUCAAAUCUACAGUGUCACAAAGCAAAAUCUCAUGCCGAUGGAACACUCAACUAUCAGUAUGUACCGGAUAAAUAUAAGUGUAAUUUUUGUGAACAUGCUUUUGCAAGAAGAGCCCAGUUACGACAACACGAAGAAUACAAGCACGGUGUGCGUAACCUACACGGGUCAAGGGUAUUAUCAGGAUCUGGAUCUCGGACUGUAACUAAUAAUAAUGCUCUCUUUCGGAAGAGAAAGAUUGGAAAUGUCCGCAUAAUUCAGUUGCCAAAUGGAGACAGAACUUUUCAGGAGAUUGGAAAUGAGCCACUAGCAAGGCAGCGGAAGAUGAAGCCUAAAUCUCAAAUAAAAAGUGGCAUUUUGAUUGAACCAAUCGACACAAAUGCAAUGCAUCGUGCCUUGGCUGCAGGAAGAACUCCAUUUGCUCUUCUCAAGCCCUCUAAAGGAGUCCCUGUUGUUGUCAAAGUGCAGUUUGCCUUAGGAAACAAGCAUAUGCUUGUUCCAGCCAGUGCUAAUGAGCUGAGAAGGGCAGGCAAAUUUACCGUGUCCAGCCAGCAAUGUGGCACAAAGGCUGUACAGAUUAAGGUUCCUGUUGUGGCUACUGUGAUCCAGCGCAUUGAUGGUGAUGGUAGAGUGCACAUGGAUAUUGAAGCACCUGCAGAGGAUGAAGAUAGCCAUGAUAACAUGGAUGCAGUUUUGGCUAAACAUGAGGAGCAGGACUCCAAAUCUCCAGCCUCGCCUGGCACCUCUGCAAUCACUGUUGCAGAGAAUGAAGUCCAUGUCAAUGACCCACUGGUCAUCAAUCCUGCUGUUGUCCGACCAUCAAUUCCCGAGCCAGUCAUGGAAGGUGAGGAAGAUGAUGAGCACUCGAUGGAUUCAUCUAUGCCUCACACAGGGGGUAUAAUCAUUGGUGCCAUGGGCGAGAGUGAGACUAUGAGUUAUGCAAUUGAUCAGGAUGCCUCCAUCACAGCUGGAGACUCUGAAGCUAAUGAAGGAAUCAACUCUGUUGAUCUAUUAGCUACUGCUGUCAACCUAGUGUCCCAAGCUCAAAUGUCAAAAGAUGGGUUGGCUGGCAUGGAGGGCAUGCAGUACCUGCGACAAAUAAGUUUAGGGGAGUAUGAAGUAGUUCCACCAGAUCAUGCCCAGGCAACACACAUAAUGAACCAACAUGGUCACAUAGAACAAAUAAAGAUGGAUGAUAGCAAUGCAGUGACAAUGGAACAGGCCAACAUAACUGCCUUGAUGGAUGCCUUGCAGAAUGCUGGGUACCACUUAGGUACUGGAAAUCAACACAUCAUUAUUAACCAUGAUGGCAAUGCCAUGGUAGUAGAUCAGCAGCAAGUGCAGAUGGUUAUAGAUGGAGACAUGGAAGGUGUGAUAGCAUCAGAUGAAGUUGGCAGUGAAACUGUUGACCCAUCAGUUAAUUUGGUUGUACAUGAAGUUCCAGAGAGUAUUCAAACAAGUGACAGUGAAGUGGGAAGCUGAAUAUUAAAUACUACUGAAAGUGAAUAAAUCUGAAGUACAUUUCAAUCAUUUGGCCUUCAAUACUGUGUUUUGGAUGAAAUGCGGCUUUGAAAAACAAUUGGUCAUAACUUAAGAGGAAAUUAUAUUCCUGUUACUGUUUUAAGGUAAAAUUGCCAACAGAAAUUGUGCAGUUGUGUUUGUAAUCUACUAUAUUAGUAGAUAAAAUUUUAGUUUAGCUGUCUUAAUAAGUAGUAAUAAUAAUAAUAUCAAAGGCUUCAUUGUUUUAUAAACGAUAGCAAUUACGCUUUGAGAAUAACACAUGUUCAAGAAAAGAAUGAAAUGCAUUAUAUCAAGAAAAGGUUAAGAACUUAGCUGAAGUUAAUAAAUACUUAAUGCCAAGUAACCCAAAGGUUUGCUUUCAUUACAUAUAAAGGUGUAUAUUGAUGAGAGUAAUUGUUCUUUGGAGUAAGUUAAAAGUAUGAAAGUUUGCAAGUGCCUUCAAAAUCAUAGUAUGUAUCCUUGUAUUGUAUUAUGACCUAUGCACUGUUAUAUAUUCUUUUUCUUACUGCUGUUGACAAAAGGAAAUCAUGACACUUGAAUGAUAUUAUACUUGUUUACAAUUAGAUAAUGGAAUGAAAAUCACUUGAUUUUGUAUAUUCUAGGAACAGAGAACAUUUGCAUAUAAAUAUGUCCUAUGAGUAGGUGUAUGCAUUUACAUAAACAUAAAUGAAAAGACGGUAUAUACCCCAGAAUGUACUUGGAGCCUGGUGCACAUAAACAUACACAAUACACACAUCGCUCACUUCGACACAUUGCAAGAAAUGUUACUUCUAAAGUAGAGAUGAAAAUGGAUUUGUAUGUGCCUUGAUUAGUACCUCAGUAUAUUGUAUGGUCUUCAGCCCAGCAGGGAAGUAGCAGGUAGAAUAUAAGGCACAGUGCAUCAGCUAAAUGCAUAGUCUAUAAGCCCUGCAGCAGGGAGUGGUAACUUACAUUGCACCUUAGUUUACUCUUUGUUAUUUACAAUAUUGGACACCUAGGGAUGGCUAAUAGCAUUUUUCAGUAUUAAAAUCAUAGUAUUUGAUUUGCUACUAUCUCUGUUGAGAGAAAGCUAGUUGUCUUACAGUGUGCUUCUCUUCACUGUCUCCUACAGUUUCAAUCCUGUGAUAAUCAGUUUCAGUAUUCUUCCCUUUCUCCUCAGUUUGAGGAGCUGUGGCCUUGUUCAUGCAUAGAAGUUGGAACAGUCAGUACUACUGAUUCGUUUUUGGAAAUUAACUGAAACUAUUGGAUAGAUUGGUAAGUGUUAGCUACCAUAUCCAGCACAUAAUCAAUGUUUUAUGGCAGCAUUACUUAGUGCAUUGUAAAAGAGAAGAAAGCUAGUAGCUCAUGAACUCGUGAUAUAUUGUAUCACCUGAGAAUUGCUGAAUUGUUUGUUUUCUUAUUUAUUUAUUUAUUUGUUUAUCUGUUUAUUUAUUCAACUCUUCUGAGAACAGGUUGGUUUAGUCCACUGGGGUGGUCCAUGUAUAGUUCGUAUUGCCUGUUUUGUAUUACCUCUGUUUACUCCAUUGAUGAGAGGUGUCAAUCUGCUGGUACACUGUAAUCAGUGAUGGUAUGAAUUGCGUGGAGAUAAUAAAUUAAAAUUUCAUGACUAGUGCCAGCAUGUGGAUUGUUCAUGGCUUUAAUUACCUUAAUUAUGCCAUACUUCUGAGGCAUUAGCCUUUUGUUAAUCCAAGUACCAAGGUAUUGCUAUGAGGUAACCCAUUCCAGUUCAACAUUUUGUAUGGGAAGUAUGAUGUCUGGAUCCUUUUCUUUGAUCAUCAGUGCCUUUAAUUUAUCUUCCUGAAUCUUUUUCCUCAAGGGAGGUUCGUUGACACUAGUGAGGGACUCUUGACCCAAAGAAUUGAACCUGACUUUCUCUUCCCUGGAUCACACUUGGUCAAUUUACAUUUUCCUCUUUGCCUUCCUUCUUCAUUCUGUCUCCCUGCUGAGGGCUCUUUGCCCAUAUUAGUGUGGUGGAGGUGGAGGCUUGUGUGUACUCACCAUCCGUCCAAAACCUCCUUAGUGGCAUGCAGCCUUCCUCUGCUGCAAUUUAAUAUCCAUCAAGACUGCUAACCUCUGAGGGGAUGGGGGUCUUCACAAAUGUGGUCACUCGUGUCUCUGAUAUAGAAACACCUGACAAUAUAAUUGCUUAUAUAGAAAAUUCUGACCAGUGACCUUCACACAAAAAGGUGAGGUAAUUAGAAGAAUGUGCUCUUGCCUCAGAGCACACAGCUGUUGAUUCUCAGGACACCCUGGAGUGUGUUGCACGUUUUGCCACUUGUGUCCACUUACCUCCUCUUUGACUCAUUUUCAUCUUUAUCUCCUGGUCUUGUACUUUUUGCCUGUUACUAAAACUAGUAUCUCCCCUUUCUUCACAUUAAGUUUUUUGUUACGUUGCAUCCUGUGCUGUGCAACCAUCUCUUGAUUUUGUUGCGUUUGUGUUGAUUAUCUUGUCUAGGGAUAUGUUCUUUUUUUUCUUCUUUUUUUUUGUAUAGUUUGCCAGGAAAUUCUGUCUCAGGAUACAGGGAGAGUAUUGAAGAACUUCAAUUGUUGCUUUUCCAGUUUGUCCUUAUAUGUACAGUAUUGUACAGUACUUGCUUAAAAUAAAUGGCUUUGUGUACUGUUGGUCUCUUCCCGUAUCUUUUUUUUUUUCUCCUUCAGUCGGUUGAUCCUUACCCUGAUGCUUGUAAGAGAGUGCACUCCUUGUUCAUUCAGAUAUUCUCUUCCCUAAUAAUUCUUUUCACAUUCUGUUCCACUAUAUUGUAGCCCGCUUUCUACUUCCACAUGUUGUAUACUCUGUUCCUUAUAACACUACGAGUCCUUAGAGGAGCUUAACACAAUUCUUAUUCCUAACACUCGGUUCUGAACUAAGUACAUCCUGCUAAAAGUGAUUUUAUUAUAAACAAUUUUGUGUGUAAAUGGUAUGAUUUGAGCUUGACAGGGGUUUGAAAAAUACAAGAGUUCUUACUAAAUUAUUUUACCAAUCUUUAGAAGUAGUUAAAUUUAUGUAUACUAGGAGAGAGGAUUUUUUAUUAAUUUAUUAUUCUUGAUAUAUUUAUUGUAAAUGUACUAGAAUGACUGUAAUUCUUCUGUUGUAAUUUUUAUAAUGAACAGAAUUUUAAUUCAGUAUAUACUUUUUCAUAUUUACCAUUGCUGUAAUUAGGCCAAACCAUUUCAGUGUUUUACAGUUUUUUAAAAAGUAAUCAUUAGAUUUGGACUGUGAUUAAAAACUGCAUAAAACCUUCCAGUCUGGAAAUAACAUUUGUUUUACUGUAAUUAUUAGUUACUACCAAAACUCAAGAGUUCCUUUAUGAUUAGAGGUAUCAUAGGUCAUAGUGCCAUGUGAUAGCAAGAUGUUUAUGAUAGAAGUACAGCAGUUAUGGUUAACAAGUAACUCAAAAAUGAAAAAGUUCUUCCAGCACUUAUUGGAAACUAUUAAAAACAUGUAGUUUCAUAAUUUGUAUGUAAAUCUGUAAUCAGUAUUCUGUACAUAUUUGCAUUUCUCACAGGCAUAAUUAUAGCAGAAAGUUUUAGCAGUCAAACACUGGCAAUACAAAAAAGGUAGAUUUUUUUUUUGUUUUUUUUUGUGUGUGUGUGUGUGUUUAUGUGUGUGCAUUUAGUGAUGAACCAUGCUGGUCAUAUAGCACAGUGUGACACCAAGGCUCAGUUCUCACUUUACUAAUCAUAAGAUACACACAGACACGCACAUGCACACGCGCGCACGUGCGCACACACACACAUGUAUUUGUCAUAAGGACUAGAAAACUUCACUAACUGAGGGAAAUAUCUGUGCUACAUUGAAUUUUGUGGAUGUUAAUAUUUUAUUUUCAUUUAUAUUUCAAAACACGUUUAUGCUUGAAGUUCUGAGAAAUGCUUUGGAAACGGUAAACUUGAUUGUGAUAUUAGUAAUUUAAUUCGUAUUAAAGCCAUGAGAUAAACUAAGUGUUAAGUGAUUAAUAUUCUUCUUUAGUGACAGAGAAUCACAUUGUUCUUAGAUAAGGAUGUCGAGUUGAAGAACUGCAAGUGUGUAUUGGAAUAUAUGCCUUUUAUUUGAUUGCGUUUUGCGUCAUCUUUGGUACAGCAUUUUGAAGGGAAAUGGGAUGUUAAAAAUUCAUGUACAGGUAUGAUGUAAAUUUUAUUACUGUAUCUGCUUUAGUAGAGUAUUUCUAGUUUUGUCCUUUAAAUACUUUUGCUGCAUAAUACACCCUUGUUAUUAUACAGGUCGGCCAUCACUAAUCCGGCAAUCAGUUAUCCGGCACUAAUUUUGGCUAGCAUAAUUUCAAAUUUCAUCAUAAAUGAGGAAGAUGUAACAAAGUCUCUACUGAUAGGUGAAUUGUAUUUUAACCUAACCACUCUGUAAUCCGGGAAACUCACUGAUCCGGCACACUACUGGUCCCAAUGAUGCUGGAUUAGUGAUGGCCGACCUGUAUUUGUAACAUUCAUAAUUGCUGUAUAAUUGUUUGUUCAUGCUAUUGUAACCAAAAGUUUUAUAUAAAGAAACUAUUUUGUACUAUUUUGUGUGAUCUUUAAUGUUCUUAAUGUGAUUACCAAUAAUAAUUAUAAGUAAAAUCUGGUACUAGUUGUUUUGCCAAAGUAUUAAUAUAUAAGUUGAUAAGAUGUACCGUAAGUACCUGAUGAAUAGUGUAGUGCUGCUCGAGUUCAAAGUUCUGCUGGCAGUUCCUAGUUUAUUUUUCUUUAUGUACUAAAUAGGGUUGGAAUGUGUGUUUACAAUUGCAUUUGUUUGAAAUUGUGGUUGCAUUACGAUGUACUGUGGUGUAAAGGAAUUACAGAAUGCAGUUUCUAACAAAAUGAAA